CAGGUGUUCUUCAACCUCUCCUAGCGUGAAGGUGUGGUCUCCGGGACCUUCUCCAGACCAUCGGGCCGCCCGAAGUCCUUGUGUGGCCCAUGGACUGGCGGACAGGGCUCUUCUAACCGGCGGGAUGGACAGCACCGUCUCCAAGGAGGAGGCCCAGCCUCUCCCCUCCCCGAAGGGGCCUUCGGACUGCAGAGACGGAAGCGACUGCACGGAGAACCGCCACCUCCUGCACAAGGACACCCACAAGCCAACUUUGGAACUGACCGACGGGGUCCAGAAACCCAACCCAGCCAGCCAUGGGGAAAACCACCGGGCCUCCAGUCCGGUGUCCAACGGCUUCUCCGGAGCUCAAAGCCCGCUCGGUCCUGGCAAGGUGGCCGGAGACCCCCGGGGCCACCCCUCCGGACCCUCCCCUGGCCUGCCGACCAGCACCGCCGUCUUCGGCGGGGUAGUAGAACGUCCGUCGCCUUCCACGGGACCGCGGGAGAGAGAGACCUGGAGUAAAAAAAUGGACUUCCUCCUCUCGGUCAUCGGCUACGCGGUGGACCUGGGCAAUGUUUGGCGCUUUCCGUACAUCUGUUACCAAAACGGGGGAGGGGCCUUCCUCAUACCCUACCUAAUCAUGGCCAUCUUCGGAGGGAUCCCGCUCUUCUACAUGGAGCUGGCGCUGGGCCAGUAUCACCGCCACGGCUGCAUCUCCGUGUGGAGGAAGAUCUGCCCCAUCUUCAAAGGAAUCGGCUAUGCCAUCUGUAUCAUCGCCUUCUACGUGGCGUCCUACUACAACACCAUCAUGGCCUGGGCGUUGUACUACCUGGCCUCCUCCUUCCGCAGUGAGCUGCCCUGGGUCAGCUGCGACCACGCCUGGAACACCCCCAAUUGCAUGAGCUACUUCUCCAACCAGAGCAUCGCCUGGACGGCCAACUCCUCCUCCCCGGCCGAAGAAUUCUAUACGUAAGUGCAUGUAAGUCGAAAG